GUGAAUCCUCGAAAUGAAUAUGGUCAAACACCGCUGCACCGGGCCUGUUGGUGGGGACACUUGCACAUUGUCGAAAUUUUGUUGGGUCACAAUGGCAUCGAUGCCAAUGUGGUUGACAAGUAUGGAGACACACCACUGCAUGAGGCAGUUCGGGGGCAAAGAUAUGAUACAGUGUUAAAGAUGCUGAACAAGGAUUCAGUGAAAUUCGAUAUGGAGGGCAAUCACAAAAUGACACCAUUCCUUCAAGCCGUCGAGUGGGGUCACCUUGGUGUAAUAAAAACGUUGUUAGCCAAGGGUGCGAAGGUAAAUGCAGUCAACGAUGAAGGCAACAAUUGCCUUCACCUCGCACUGCAAAAAGAUGCAUUCCAUUCUGAGGAGGAGCACAUUGCUCUUUUAGAUAAGUGUGCCUUUAAGCUCUCUCUGACCCAGGGAAAUAGGACUUGUAGCACUGUAGUUGCUACAUACCUAUUUCAUUUUGGAGCCAACUUUUACCACCCAAAUGGAAAGAAUGUGAUUCCGCUGGACCUUAUUCAGGACAGAAAUUUGAAAGAAAAAUUAAAAACCUUUUUACCACCACCAUGUACGUAUUGUCAAGUGAUGUAUGCCUCUUCCGAAUUCAAGCCCUGUGAACAUAUAGCCCUCUGUCGUGAUUGUUAUAUCAGAAUUAAGGGGGAAUCAUGCCCCACAUGUCAUCAGCCAAUAAGUGGUGUGAGAGAAUUUGAGGCUCCAAAGUUUGAGGACAGGUGUGUACAAACAGAGGCUAUAUGUCAGGAAUUAGGGGCUGCAUCUCAGGCAAUUGGGGCUCCAAAGUGUGAGGACAGGUGUGUACAAACAGAGGCUAACAUGUCAGGAAUUAGGGGCUGCAUCUCAGGCAAUUGGGCUCCAAAGUUUGAGGACAGGUGUGUACAAACAGAGGCUACAUGUCAGGAAUUAGGGGCUGCAUCUCAGGCAAUUGGGGCUCCAAAGUUUGAGGACAGGUGUGUUCAAACAGAGGCUACAUGUCAGGAAUUAGGGGCUGCAUCUCAGGCAAUUGGUGAGUAUAAAAUAAUAGUUCCCAAUUGAUUUCUGUAAGGUUUU